UGGUUUUUAUCGUCUCCAAAAAACCACCUCCAAUUUCCCCUUCCUCGUCAAAGCCUAUCGUGAAAUGGGUCGACUAACCUCUGCGAUUGAAAUCCCGGAAGAACGGCGCCGGAGCCACAGAGAUAGCGGCCGCGACCGUGGCCGUGGCCGUUACUCUCCGGAAUCCGAUUCGUAUCGCCUUCGCUGUCGGAGUCGCAGCCGUAGCCCUAGCCGAAGCCGGAGUCGCAGUCUCAGCGGCAGCAGGAGUCGAAGCCGUAGUCCAGACUACUCAAGGUAUGAGCCUUCCUCUCAUAAUAACCGUCGUGACCAGCGGUCCUAUUCUCCUCACCGUUCGAGCCAUCGACGAAGCCCUGAUUACGAACCCUACAAAUUCGAACGACGGGGAGAUCGAAGGAAAGGCUACGACAAUGGAGAUUACAGAAAUAGGCGAGCUGCCGAGUCGGAAUCGGAUGAGGAGCUGAAAGGAUUGAGUUUUGAAGAGUACAGGAGGCUGAAGCGUCAGAAAUUGAGGAAGAUGCUUAGGAAUUGUAUUUGGAAUUGCACCCCUAGCCCACCUAGGGGUGAGAACGAGCCAGAGGACGUUGAUCAAGACUUCAUUGACGAACGGCAGAUCAACGAUUUGAAAGGAAAAGAGAAUGAGAAAAAGGAAAGCUCGAAGUUGGACUCUAAGAGGUCGAAUGAUGAUUCAUCGGAGAGUGAAUCUGUUUCUGAAUCUGAAUCUGAAUCGGAUGGUUCACGACACAGGAAGUCUAAGAAGAGCAGGAAAUCUGGUUCUAGACGUAGAAGCAGGAGAUCAAGAUCAGUGUCUGAAAGUGAGAGUGAAUCCGCUGAUUCAAGUGAUGAUUCAGAAGUUGAAGCUAGGAGGAGGAGGAGAUUGAGGAGAAAACAAAACAGGCAGCACCAAAGGAGUAGCAGGAAGAAGAAAAGUAGAAGUAGAAGGAAGAGUGAUGAGAGUGAAACAGAGUCUUCUGAAGCCAGUGAAUCAUCAGAAGAUCAUGUCAAGUCAAAGAAGAGGAGGUCUUCUUCCUCGAGGUCUAGGCGGAGCAAUAAAAGGAAGGAAUCUGAUAGCGAGGCUUCUCAACCACAUGAGAGCUCUGAUUCUGGAGCUGAAGCAAAAGAUAAACAGGAGGUUGAAGAAACAUUGGGAAAUGAAGUUACGAGCGAGGUUCUUGAAUUAAAAGAAUUAAUUGAGUCACGGAUGAAGCCUCCUAUGGAUAAUGAGCUCAUAGUUGGCCCUAUGCCAAUGCCCAGGACUGAUGGACAGCCGGUUAACUAUGGUGGAGCACUUAGGCCUGGUGAAGGUGAUGCUAUUGCCCAGUAUGUUCAGCAAGGAAAACGUAUUCCCCGUAGAGGAGAAGUGGGUCUUUCAGCUGAGGAGAUUUCAAAGUUUGAAAGUCUUGGAUAUGUGAUGAGUGGUAGUAGGCAUCAGAGAAUGAAUGCUAUCCGUAUCAGAAAGGAAAACCAAGUUUACAGUGCUGAGGAUAAGCGGGCAUUGGCUAUGUUUAAUUACGAGGAGAAGGCUAAGCGUGAACAGAAGGUUAUGGCUGAUUUGCAGCGCCUGGUGCAACGUCAUAUUGGCCCUGAUGUUGGUCCAUCUCACGAUCCGUUUGCUGGGGUUGCUGGAAGAUCCGCUGACAUGGCUGAUGCUUGAUGCUUGUGUAUAAUUACCAUUCUACUAUAGCUACUAAUAUAUUGUCGCUCUGCAAACUGGUUUCAUUCGAUGCACAAGUCUGAAUUUUAUUAGCUUACAAGCUUCUCUCCCCAAUGAAUUUAGCAAACAGUAUUGUAUGUUUCAUCUAUUUCUGCAUUUCAGAACUUUAAUAUCCUUGAUUGAAUUUGUAAUGGCACUAUAAUGGCUUGGAUUCUCUUUUGGUUAUUAAAUGAGUUGUUUAGUUUACUUCA